AUGAACCAAAUUCUUAAUAGUAACGCAACUAUAAUUUGUAAAAAUAUUCCCAUUGAUAUAAAUCGUUUUGAAAUCACUGAAAUAUUUAGUAAAUAUGGCCCACUAUUAGGUGAAGGUAUUUACUUUGGUAAAAAAAAAAGUAGUAUAUUUUUCAUAAAAUAUGUGCAUUUCAAAGACGCAAUAAAAGCUUAUGAAAGUCUGAAAGAUAAAAAAAUAUGUGAAUAUGAUUUUAAAUUAUCAUUUAGUAAAAAUGAUGAGAUAAAAUACAAAGCUCUUAAAGGAAAUAAAAAAGCUAUUAUAGAAUUAAAAAAUAUUUAUAAAAAAAAUGAAGAAAACAAAACUAAUGAUGAUAUAUCUACUGAAAUUAUUAAUGAAUUAAAUGAACAGAAUAAUGAAUUGUUAAAAAAAAAGAAGAAAGAAAAGGAAAUGGAAAAAAAAAAAGAUAAAUCUUUCAUUUUAAAUUUAUUGACAAAAACAGAUGAAAAACAAGAAAAUGAACAAGACAUCAAAUUAAAGGAAGAAUUAAAAAAUUAUAUAAAUCUAAAUUGUUUAUGUUCGUACGAUUUUGAUGAAAAUAAUAAAUAUGAUAAUUUUUUGACACCUAUAUUUCCUAAUUAA